CAACCGGAACGGACGUAUAGAUCUCGGGUCUUAACACAGAUCUAGCGUGGAAACCCAAGGAUAGGUGUCGAAUUCUUGAAUGAUUGCGAGUGAUUUGUUUGUUUUGAGCGACGCGUAAACAAAGUGACAAAAUGAUGAGGCCCCAAUUAGUGGCGAUGGCCUUUGUCAUGGUGCUGGCUGCGGUCUGCGAUUUUGGCACUGGUUCUCUGGUGGAAGUUCCCGGCGUAACACAGGCACCACCGCCCCCACCUCGUAACCCCAACCUCCGAAACAACCAAACACGGUCGCGCAUGCCCAACAACUUCCGAAGCUACACGAUCCCUACGAGUCCUCCCAAGUGCGACUACAGGGAAAUGAUGACCAAUCUGCACGAUCGCGUUGGCAUCUUGGUGACCUUGGACGAGGACCAGCGCCAUCGCCUGGAAAUCAUCGAUAAGAAAUUGGAUGAGCUGGUGGACAGCAGUUCAGCGCGAAUGGAAUCUAUGAAGGCCCAGCAACUGGACUUUAAACAGCGAUUGGACAGCUUCGAACAUAUCCAGCGGCUUUCGAGAAACACUUUGGAUGAGCUUAAAGGUGAAACCGACUUAGUUUUCGGUUCACGUCAUAUUAGGGAGCUAAAACACAAGCUAAACAAUCGCAAGAAGAUGAAGGACUUAUCACGGACUCCUCGUGCCGUUCAGGAUCCUGAAUCGGAACCGACUCGUGCAUCUAAUGAAUCCUAUUUAAGUGUUUCGGAUCGACUGGAUGCCUUGGCCACUCUUUUGACCUCCACUGCCCUUCAGGUCAGAUCCACGCAGAUUGAAGUUAACAGUCUUUCAAAGGUUAUUAAGCGCCAAAACCGUUUGAUCCAAGGAAAACUGGGACACAAAUCACCUGGAGCUCCGCCGUCGAUCUUCUACGGACCGGCUGGAAUGGAUGGCCCUCCGAACAGCCAGGAUUUGCCCAACAGCUGCAAGUAUCACUUCCUGUCCAGCCAGGGAAUCCUUAAGCUCCAGCUCACCCCCGAAUCGGAGUCCUUCUAUGUGACCUGCGAUGACGAUUGGACGGUUAUCCUGAGCCGCAGUUCCGAUGAUGUGAACUUCGAACGCGGCUGGCUGGAUUAUCGCGAUGGCUUUGGCAACCUGGCCGGGAAUUUCUUCAUUGGCCUCAACAAACUGCAUGCCCUGACUGCAUCUGCUUUACAUGAACUGCGCAUUGUGAUGGAGGACUUUUCGGGCAACGUGGCGUAUGCGGGAUAUUCGGUCUUUGCCAUUGGCAGCGAAAGGGAGAUCUAUCCUCUGAGUGUUUUGGGCAAAUUCCAAGAGGACUUGACCCCUUCGGCGGGGGAUUCGCUAUCCUAUCAUGCGGGGGCCAAGUUCAGCACUCUGGAUCAGGAUAAUGAUAAUUGCCUCGAUUGCAACUGCGCGGCGAAACACAAGGGAGCCGGUUGGUUUAACAACUGCGCUACAAGCAAUCUUUUCGGUCAUUAUAUCGCAAGGAACCAGGGACAAGCUCUGGAAACUGGAAUGUGGUGGGAUACCUUCGCCGGACAGAACUCCCUGAAAAGCGUCCGCUGGAUGAUUCGACCCGUUCCCGACUUCCUAGAUGACAACAGGCGUUAGGGUAUAUUUAUAAGAAAAUCUAUCCCUAACCAACUGCCAUCUCCGAAAUCAGGGAUAACCCACAAUCGCGAUUGCUUGCAUUUUAACCCUAGCUUUAGCUUUGAAUCUCUCUCCGUGCGUGUGUGUGUAAUAUUUAUGGAAAAUUACUUAAUAUCUAGAUAAAUACAGUAAUGUUACAAAGUA